AUGCAACUGCAGUUCAGAGAGAUAAGGAACCAAAUUUCGUCGAACCGUCGAGGUCUCAGUCUGGAAACGAGCGCUGUACCACUUGGCGCUGUACCACUUGACGCUGUACCACUUGACGCUGUACCACUUGGCGCUGUACCACUUGGCGCUGUACCACUUGGUGCUGUACCACUUGGCGAUGUACCACUUGGUGCUGUACCACUUGGCGAUGUACCACUUGGCGAUGUACCACUUGGCGAUGUACCACUCUACAGUGCUGUUGAACCAAAUUUAGAGAGA